AUGGGGGAAAAUACAGAUGAGGAUAUGGAUACAUCUGACACCCCUUGCUGGUGGUAUUACCUGGCCGACUGUGGACAGUGGCACCAGUUUGAGGAUGACCACAAUCUCACCUUUAGCAGUGAGGAUGUUGACACGUGUUCCUGUUUCAGCCUCCCUUCCUGGGAAUCAUUUGAUCCCGAAUCGCCAUACCAGUUAAUCCCUCUGAGUGAACACUCCCCCGAGUAUCAGACAGUGGAACAUUAUGUAAAGACCGAUGGGCUGUUGGGCAAAACCAUUCUGUCAAUCUACAGGAUACAGAAUUUGGAUCUUUGGGAAUUAUAUUGCAGGAAAAAGAAACAGCUGAUGAGGAUUCAAGGCAUUAAAGAAAUUCAAGAGAAACAACUCUUUCAUGGGACUGAUAUUAAAAAUGUGGAUUACAUUUGCAAGUAUAACUUUGAUGUACGGUUAGCUGGACAAUAUGGCACAUAUGGCAAAGGAAUUUAUUUUGCCAAACAUGCAACAUAUGCCGACGGAUACAGUAAGAGCAGCUCGAAACCACUGCCAGUUUAUGGUGGGAAAACACAACUUGUACACUCUGGAGAAACUAAAAUUAUAUUUUUGGCUCGGGUGAUGACUGGAAAACCAGUUGCUGGACGAUUUCUUAUCCAAAAACCCGAUGAUGGGAGUCCUGAAAACUUGCAUGACAGCUGUGUUGAUGAUGUCUCUCAUCCUAGAAUUUUUGUCAUUUUUGAUCCAAAUCAAAUAUAUCCGGAGUAUGUGAUUCAGUACAGCUGAGCGCAACAUGUGCAAGAUCAACGUGGCUACCUCAAACAGUACAUUUCAAGCAUAAUUCCUGAUGGCUUCGAUGAAG